UGUUAGUAAUAUAAUAAUAAUUUAAAUAACGGAGAACAGAGAUAUUCUUGUAUGAUCGAGUUUACUCAUUUCUUGAUCUCUUUCUUCUGCAUGUAAAAUACUACGCCACUUUCCACCAUAAUUAAAUAUUUCAGCGGCCGAAUUCGAGUCACGUUUUAUUUCAGCGUGAUAUAAAUUUAAAUUUGUGAGUGAUCGGUGUAUGGGAAAUAGGAGUGAAGGGUAAAUUUGAUCGGGUGAUCGGUGUAUCGGAAAUUGAAAUGAAGACUAAUGAAGAUCAGGAUAGGUUCCUGUUCGGGAUUUCACUUUCGCACAGACCCGCAUGGCAGCAAUUUCUUAUUUGCUCUUCAGGCUUCUUUUUUGGUUAUCUCGUUAAUGGCAUUUGUGAGGAAUAUGUAUACAAUAGACUGCAAUUUAGCUAUGGGUGGUAUUUUACUUUUGUACAAGGCUUCGUGUACUUAGCGCUGUUAUACUUGCAGGGGUUCACCCCUAAGCAAAUGGUGAACCCGUGGAAAACAUAUGUAAAGUUGUCUGCUGUUUUAAUGGGCUCUCAUGGAUUAACAAAGGGUUCUUUAGCGUUUCUUAAUUAUCCAGCACAGAUCAUGUUUAAAUCCACAAAGGUACUUCCUGUAAUGGUGAUGGGUGCUUUUAUUCCUGGCUUGAGAAGGAAGUACCCGCUCCGCGAAUAUGUCUCUGCUCUUCUUCUAGUUUUUGGUUUGAUCAUUUUCACCCUAGCAGAUGCCAAUACGUCUCCAAAUUUCAGUGUCAUUGGUGUUGUGAUGGUAUCUGGUGCUCUUAUCAUGGAUGCAUUCCUGGGAAAUCUGCAGGAGGCAAUUUUCACUACAAAUCCUGAAACCACACAAAAGGAGAUGUUAUUUUGUUCAACAGUAGUUGGAUUGCCCUUCCUAAUUCCACCCAUGGUUUUAACCGGAGAACUGUUCAGGGCGUGGAAGUCUUGUUAUCAGCAUCCAUAUGUAUAUGGAGUAUUAGUGUUUGAAGCCAUGGCCACAUUCAUUGGACAAGUUUCUGUUCUAUUGCUGAUUGCUAUAUUCGGGGCAGCCAACACUGCGUUGAUAACAACUGCGAGAAAGGCUGUAACUCUACUGUUAUCAUAUUUGAUAUUUACAAAGCCGCUUACUGAACAACACGGGUUAGGGCUAUUCCUAAUCUCCACAGGGAUUGUCUUGAAGAUGAUACCAGAGAACAAGGCUUCCACGCGCAUUCCAAUAUCCAAUGUCAAUAACAAGCUUGAAAAAGCCUACUUGAUUGAAGAAAAAAGACCAGCAAAAACAAUAGAAGAGGCUUCACAUGAAGAAUAGCAAUCACUUGUCUUCUACCAGCAGCCAACAAUCUGGCCAGCCUAGCCCAGUCUCCAUUGUCACUUAAAAACCAAGUAAAUUUAACAUCCUCUCGGGUUUUUCCUCCGCCCUUCCCCCCUUAUCUUGGCGCUGUUCCGAGUAUCUUGUAACAACACAAAUCAGGGGUAUCGGUAAAGAAACUUACCAUGGUAGAUUUUGUCAUACACUUGAAUUUGAUGUACAUAUUGGUGCGAGUAAUAAUAAUAUAAUUCGAGUAACUUCAUGG